CCCGUGAAAAGAACACACCCACUGUUUACACGGCGCGACAUCGCAGGGAAAGGGGCUUGUCGGGCAAAAUUUUGUUGUUGGUAGGUGGUCAGUUUGCGCUGCGCUUCGGGCUGUAGACGCCGCGCUCGGUUAUAUCUCCGCGACUAGUAAGCACGGUACGCGCGCCUUUGAAACACCAUGGGAGUUAUUCGAAACGGAGCCAAUGGGAAGGACCCCUUCAACGGGACAGGGGCCAGUUACGAUGUCCUUGACGGGUUUAAUAGUCAUGACGAAGGCGAGGAGCCCGUGGAACUGGUUGUCCAUGUUCACCACUCAUCGCUUCUGGAGCCACGACGGCGCGCUGCGCGCCGGUCAAUGCCCGCCUGUGGCGACGUCUUGGGGCUGAGCACUCGCGGGAAGCACCGUUCUACCAGAAAAGUGCGGCGCCUCGACAACGAGCGCUUCCUGCACACCCUUGCGGAGGAAGAUGAAGACGCUGCGGGACAGUUGAGCAUCGACGACUUCGUGCACCAGUCGGUCUCUGCCUUCUCCCGGUUGCUCGCUGACCUGGACAACCAUGAGGUCUGGGAUGAAGUGCUCAACUGCCAAGGACAGGUGCAGCCUCUGGCUGAGGACCAAGAGCCCGAUGAAAUUGCCGACGAAGUGACCAGCAGUGUUCCCACCUCUGGUGGCUGCUUUGAGAGGCUGGAUGCAGCACUACGGAACCUAUUGAGGAAGCAGCGUGUCCCCCUAGGCACGCUGUGUCUGCUGGAGUCCGAGCUGUGCCUAAGCUUUGAGCGCGAGCCCCGUGGGGAGCAGCGCUACCAGCUGGCCAGCAGCUUCGAGCGCCUCCUGCUGCAUGCCCUGUGCCAGUACAUGAGCCUGCUCGCACACAGCUACGACAUGGAGGGCAAGCGCUGGACGAGGGUGCGAAACGGCAGGACCGAGUUCUGUCGGCCCCCUGAGUCCCUCUCCGCUUAUCUUGAGCGCCACUGGGCCGCCCGCAGUGGCUGCUGACCACUUCAAAAAGACCUGCAUGGUCAUCAGCGUUGCUUAUUGUGCAACCCACCUGUUAAAUUAACUGAACCCACCUUGUCCUGACACUUGCCAUCACCUUUGCUUGUUUGCAGCUAGUAAUGGCUAGAUGGGCUAGUUUGUGAGAACAGUAAAGAGCAGCAUAGAUGACGGUGAUGAUUUGGUCUAGUUGGUUAAAAAUUUCAUGAAACAGCAGUGCUGAAAGAUAGGAGGAACAAAAGAUGCAGACUACAGGAGCACUUAUGUCGUCUGCAUCAUUUCCUUGUCCAGUUUUUCACCAUUGCCAUUUUAUGGGAAUCGCCAUAGGUAUGGCCACAUGGCCAGCCAUUUCUGAAAAAGUGGUUUUGCACUUGUCUUCAAAGCACACACUUAUUUGGAUUUUAUGAGCGUGGAUGUCAAAAAACAGAUUUUUUUGAGCAAGUGGUGCAUGCGAGGUGAUGGCUGUUGCUUUGUCACAUGCUCGUCUACUUGUAAGGACAUUGCUUUGGAAAUUCAAAUGGACUAAUAGAGAUGAUAUGCUAGAAUGUGUGAUGGGUAGAGUUGUGUGUGCUCACUUCAGCAAAUAUGUGUAAUGAAUGUUGCUUGUUUUGUGGGAGGUUGGGGUGCAUUUUAUCCUUUCUUGUGAGCCCUGAAAAAAGAAAAAAAAUGGUAUGCAAUACUAGCAUCAAAUUUAAUUCUUUCACCUACACAUCAAACUUGUUCUGUAUAGACUUUUCGGAGUGUUUCAUCCCUUUUUUCGCACAGUAGUUGUACUGCACCACUCACUUCAAGAAUAUGCAGGCAUUACUUAGACAUCGUUCUUAACAGUCACUGCAGUCACCAGAAAAACGUGGCUCACAGCUUUUGAGCUGGAAGUGCAAAACUCAUUUAGCACUCAAAGUGCCCCAGUGUUGCCAUCAUGACUCAUUCGCUUGGUUCAGGGUGUUGAAGUCCGAGUGCACGCGUUUUUCAUUAUAUGUAAUUCACGAUGUUUAGUGUAGUUAGUCGUGGGGAAAAUAUGGUGCAGAGCUUUUGUGUGCGCACUAAAAACUUAUUCAGCCACUUAAAGUGCUCCGUCUUUCUAUCAUGACACCUCUUUAGUUUCACUCGCAGUGUUCACUCCAAUUUAGUGCACGCAUUUCGCAGACAUCGUUCACAACAUUUGCUCAAAAUGGUAACGAAAACGUGGUGCACAGCUUUUGUGCAGACGCUGCAAACACGCACAGUGCUCCGUGUUGUCAUCAUGAACUGCUUUGUUUGGUUCGUGUGAUUGAUUGCUUGAAGCGUAUUUAACUGUGUAUCCAGCACUUAAAGCACUCGAUGCUGCCAUCAUGGCACCUGUAUAAGCCGAUUAAGUGCAUUGCUGACAUUCUCAACAUUCAUGGUAGUUACUGGAAAAAUGUGGCACACAGCUUUUGUGCACACAGUGCAAGCUUAUCCAGCACUGAAGGCAGUGAGCGUUGCAUCAUGACUUAAUGAGAAUUGGUACAAUGAGGGCAUGUGACUUCGUUUCAAAAAUGCGUCUUUCAUGUGGUAACUAGGCAAACCAGAGUGAUGCAAUUGGGUGUUUUCAUAACUGUUGAUGCUGAUGAUCAGCUGAUGCUGGUUAUCUACCAGACUUCAGUCUCUGUGGGAAAAUUAAGUGUGUUAACUGUGGCUUUAUUGUGACCUGGUGCUCUGUGCUUUUCUUCUGUGUAUCCGGCUACCUUCACUCUAAUGCCAGCCUAGAAUGCACAAUUUUUAGUCAGGUAAAAUUUCCUGUCACAAAUUUCUGUCUGCCUUGAAAGUGAAUGUUUGUUUUUAGCACUGAAAGCACUGCUGUCAGACUAAUUUAGUGAGUCGUCUCUAUGGAAGUGAGGCUACCCGAUUGCCAUUAAUGAUACCUUGCAAAGCUUUGCACUUAGACAGGUUUAACAUUAGUCACUUACCAUGCACUUAGGGCGUAGGUUUUAUCACUUUUAUAUCACUUUUAUACCGCUCUUAUCACUUUUUCAACAGCGUGCAUUAUGAAGCGAGCUAUUUUGCAGCUUGAGGCCUUUUACUGUUGGCAACAGUGAAAUCAUUGCAAUGUCAGAAUAUGUUUGCCAAUUAAAAGGACAACAAAAGGAAGCACUGAUUCAGCCUUGGUUGUAGAUUAAUUUUAGAAUAUUGUCUCAACAUCAUUUUGGUGGGGAAAUGUUGUUUAUUACUAGAUAAAACAAAACCUCAACUUUCCCCUUUGCAUUUGGUGCCCACCCCACAGCAAAGACAACUUGAUGUCAUGGAUUUCUGUAGAUUAUCACAUAUCUUGAAUAUUAUGUAUGGAUGACUGUUACAUAGACGCACGAAAAGUCCACAAGACUUGCCAGGUUAUGUUUUCAUCUUUUAUCGCAGUGUAAUUUAAUAUAUUUUCUCUUCUGUGUCCAUUUAAGAAAGAUUGUUUUGCAGAAACAACACUCUUAUUGCUAAUUUCAUAAUAUGGAUCAUGUGUCAUGUGAAAAUUUAAGAUUUUUAUGUGAUUCUUGAAUUCUUUCUUCUCAUUCUCAGCCAUGCCAGUUGCUAGGGAAUGCCGGUUAAAUUCAGACUUGAGAAGAUGUUUAGAGCUGUAGAUAAAAAGUAAAGAAGAAUGUGUGAAACAAGGUAAAUAGAUGACUGCAAUAUUUUUUGCUUUAUUGUUUAUUGUUAUGAUUUUUAGCAUAGUUUUGCUGAUCAAUUAUAUAAUUUGUGUCCACGCAAAGUACUAGAGACGACAGACAUAGUUAAAGGCAACUGACGUUUCUAUAGCUUGGGCCUUACUUUGUUAUAUUGUGUUUGUUUUAUAUAUAUGUAUAUUGCACAUUGUUCUUAGAGUGGUGCUUGCUUACAUUUGCCAUUAUGUUCACCUGCAUUGUGCAUUAGAAAUAAUGUUUUGCAGUCCAUCAUUGAUCAUAGCCUGGCGAUCCAGAGAAGUGUGCUUAUACAUCUGUGAUCUGUCGAUUUUUGUAGUUAACUUGUGUUUAUUCAAACUUCUAGGCACACAAGAUUUUUGUUUAGACUGUACCUGAACAUUAAAUUGGUUGAAGUUUAAUAAGACAUGGUUACUAAACGUUGAUACGUUUUUCAGGGGACUGUAGGAAAUAAACAUAACAGCCAGGAAAACAUAACAGUGAGAAAGGCCCAAAUUGGCCACAUAAAUGUCAGGAACAGCUCCGAACGGCCGCCAGUACAGUUAUUAAAUGCCUCAGCACUCAUAUUGUGAUGAGAGAUGGCGCUUGCACACGUAGGAUGCAUACUAUAUUCAGCGACCGUGGCCCCGUUUCACUCCCAAUAUGCUUCACUGCGUAGCAUGGCUGUAUGUGGAGAAGCUUACUUAAGGAAACCUGCGAGAACCACAACUGUACUGAGGCAGUCAUAUCAGGACUGACGACCGCAUACUUUCAGCAUUUCGUGGCAGUCUUAACCACGGGCAUAUUUUAUUCGUCUUCGUAGUGAUGUACAAGACCAAAUUUGCCUCUGCACCACUAAAUUUGCCUGACCGCCACAUUCAAACGCAGCGUAAGAUGCGGGAACAUUACAGAAUAGCGACACAUGAAACGGGAACAUAAUACACGAGCCUCAAUGGGCUUUAGGUUGGGACUGUGAAAAUGCUACGUGUCAGCCAGGAAAACCCAACAGCAAAGAACGUAUCAACGGGGUUCCACUCUAUACGUAUAGGUACAAAACCUUUUUUAUUUCUGUAUUGUGUGGUCAUUGCCAGGUUCCAUAGAGAACUGGACAAAGUGUGCCUGUGCAGUCAUGAAAGCUGCGAAUACACACAGGAGUCAUAGGUUCUGUUCCUGUUAUCACAGCAUGGCAGCAAAAAUGCUUGAAUUUUCUGAAAGUCUGGUUUGAAUUUGGGAGCUUCAAGAUGCCUUGAAGGCAUAAUGGGAAACGAGUCUUCAGGUUGGUGUAAUUAACUAGGACGUUAAAUUAGUUGAGUCAGAAUUCGCACACUUCGACUGUGCUUCGACUGUACUUCUUGCUUCUCAGACGUCAACAGAGAAUUGCUUCUCUGUUGAACCAUUUUUAAAUGACAGCGCCUGGCCAGACCUGGCUUAAGAUGAUGCGUGCUUUGCAUACACAUGACAGCUCGUUGUGCUGUACUCUAUGCUGUCAUUGUGAGCAUUAAAGUCAUUGCUGAAGAAUGUG